CCGCGACGCUCGGCAAGGAACCGGCGGCUCUCACGACGCUGCGAAGCGGCGCAGUUCAAGGGCGCCGCCGCGGAUCUGACGAUCCAGAAGUUUGGCAGCGACGCGUUCACGGUCGACGCGCGCAUCGACGAGGUGGAGAUCGCUCCGUUGGCCAGCCGCACGGCCUUUGGGGAGCCGCCACGCCUCACCCGAGGUGCAGCGGUAACGUGGGCCUUUUUCCCCUGA